UAUACUUCUUCUGUUUUGCUUUUGCUCUUUAUAUGUAAGCAUCUAACAAUGGAGAUUCUGUUUGUACUAGAAUUUAAUCAAGUUGUAGAACUGUACUUGCUUUCUAAGGACCAACAUAUGAUAGCAUUUGACUGUGAGUUCCUGCAUUUAGCAGCAGGUGAAUUCGUCUUGAAAGCUGCUCGUCUAAGGUCAGCGUUUGACUCUCUGCUGAAGCGGUUAUCUCCAUUAGAGUCAUCAAACAAUUGUAUUGCAAUUCUCCUAUUUCCUUCUCCAAAAUCUUGGCCAAAGAAAGCAACCCUUUCGUCUCAGUUAUUCUCCUACUGUUUGCUACAUUCCCUCUAGCAAGCAUCCAUAGAGCUUCAGCGCAGUUGACCCUAAGCUCAUGUUUCACUUUAGGAUUCUCAUUAUCCCUCCUUUCCUUACUUGUUUUAACACUUCCACUACCACCAAUGUCACUACUAUAUACACUCAACUUAGAACUCUUUUAUACGGUCUGUAAACUUUGUUUAUCUGAACAAGAGAGUGAAUGCUACAACUAUGCUUACUCGACUCAAGAUCAUCCACAAAGUGAAAGCAAAUUAACCAGUCGCUUAAUCACACUCUGUCUAGCGAACUCUUCUUGAGCAACCGGAUCAUGUUCGGCCAUUCUUGCCACCUCGCUGCACUAUGUUUUGAACGAUUUACCUUCGUUCACGGAGGCGCUCCGCCGUGAUAAGGGAAGUAGAGAGCUCGUCUCCAAGUUCCGUUUUUUUCUUUUCUACGGUUAUGACUUAUGAUUACGAUUUGACCGGCGCGUGAAGUACACAGCAGCUCACGGGUGUUUUUAAGAGUAGAUUAAUGCGGAAGGGAGAAAAAGCCAUUAAAAUGAACGCCCGUGGGUGUUUUGUUCGAGAUUUAACAAUCCUUCUUGUCAUUUUACGACAUAAUAAUAGUAGGAGAAUAUUACAUUCCAAGAAACUUUUAAAAUAUAACAAAUAGUGUAGCAAUAGCAUCUAGCUUGUACACUGAUUUUCUUAGAGAAAGUGAGAAUUUUAAACUAUACAUGAAGAACUCAUGCUAUCUAAUCUAUUAAAAUAGGAGUACGUUUUGUACUUAUUCCUGAGUUUUCCUCAAUAAUUACCAGCUUAUGUCACUUGUAUUAAACACAUUCGUUUUAUACAUUUGCUAACCUAUUAUUUCGCUAAACUAUACCAUUAAGGACAUUUGUGUAAACCUACCAUUAAUCACAGCCAAGCCGGAUAUUGAAAUCGUCGUUGACCUUCUCAAUUUGUUGAAGCUCGAAAGUCCGCCGUCGAGAAGCCGUUCAAUUCAACCAACAACAGCUCCGGAAACGGUUAUUUUAACCGCGAGGCUUUCCGGCGGAUCUCAUGUACGAGCUCCUCCACCGCCUUAAAUGUGUACAAAACCUGGAUAAACGCCUCAUAUUCAGACUCCGUUAGAUAUAGUCUCUAUUGAGGUGUCUUCGUUCUGAAGAACAAAUUAUGCCAGUAGUUACAGCUGUAAGCAUGGGAGUACUUCCAUUUACAAGGAGCAACAGUACUAAACAUGUGAUUAUGCGAUACUUGAACCAGUUCUAUCCUUCGCAGAAACGAAAACUAUGUGGUGGAUCUUAAAGUCCAAAUGUUACACUUUUGCUUUGGCAACAGCUGUUAGGGAACUACACUUACUUCUCCCGUAACAAAUAUGGAGAGGUAGCUCUGAUCUUCUGUGAGUUGAUGGUAGACCCUUUUACUUCUUAUGUCCUUUGGAAGGUUAUGCAAAAGUGUAGCUCUAAACAGAUCACUCGGAUGAUUACAAUAAUCUAUACUUAUUUUUGAAUGUUUUUUGCAACUUGCUUUCAUUAUUUUUUUUAUGUUUCUAUCUAAAUAAUGUAUUUGUUUCAAAAAAUCUCAUUAUAAAAUUUGAACUUUAUAUUCAACUUUAAAUCCCAGUAUUUGUAGUAUAAUUUAAUAAAACCCACGAUUAAAAACAUGAUUAAAAUGAAUAAAAACACAAUUAAAAAAACACAACCUUAUAGUUCGGAUACUAAACACAUUGAACAAAAUACACCAAUGUCAAAACUCAAUAACAUAUGAAUAUGUAGCAAGAACAUAAACAUAUGAAUCUGUAGCUAGAACAUAAACAGUUAUAUUUAUGACAUUGUUAAACAUGAAAAACAUAUAAAACCCGCGCGGGCGCGCGGGUCAAAUGCUAGUUUAAAUUAAAAUACGUUCAUCAUAAGAUAUCAUCGUUUCUGUAGGUGCAAAGAUCAGAUGGACGUUCUGAUACAGAUACAAGUACAGCAGUGAAUAGAGCAGAGUCUGCAACAAAGAAGUGUACGUGCGGAUGAACAAGUCAAGAUAAAGAUUGCGACUUGAAGAAUGGAUUGAGGAUCAAGGCUAAGUUGAUACGAAGAUAUCUUGGGGAGCAAACUUAAAGAGAUUCACCUUGGAGAAGGAAGAUCUCACGAUGGAAGUUUUCUAAAAGACUUUGGAGAGGUUUUAGGGAACUUGCCUUAUUUGGGUAGAUAGGAAAUAUUGGGUAGAUAGGCAUGGAUAGCCGACUUGGCUGUAUUGUAUAUAUAUAGUCAUACUCGACCUGUGGAUUAGGGUUGGCGAGAGAAUUGUAUUCUUAGCAUAAGAGUGGAGUUCUCUAAGCUUGUAAGCGAGUGAAUAACACUAAGGGCUAAGGGGUAGAGGUUCUAGAGAUCUUGUAUUCGAUCUUAGGACGUGUAAAGCUAGGGAAACAAGUCAAGAAGUGUUUUGAUCUUGUUUGAGUUCUGUUUAAAGAGAUACUUGUUAGUUCGCUUUAAAAGAAUACUAGUAAUAACACAUAUCUUUGUAGAGAUAUUCUCUGGUGUACUCUGUGCGUUACUUUGUGAGUUAGUUCUUGCAUUUACAAGUGGUAUCAGAGCAGUUACUCAUUCGAUUAUACAACAGGUGAGAUCCUGCGGAAGAAAUGGAGAACUAUCAUGAGCUGGUGUCAAGCACAAGGGUGAUGUUGGAUGGAUCCAACUACGGACUUUGGAAGUCACAAAUGAGGUCUAUCAUUCGAGGGAUUGAUGCCAUGGCAUGGAAAUCUGUGACAACUGGAUGGUCAGAACCAAAGGCUAAGGACGAGAAUGGUGUUGAAUCCAACAAAGAAGAGGAACUUUGGACCGAGACAGAACUCAAGAUCGGGAAGUUCAACUCCAGAGCACUUUCAGCUAUACACGCCAGUUUUACAAAGAAACACUUUGAGCUGAUUCAAGGAUGUGAGACCGCCAAGGAAGCAUGGGAAAUACUGCAAACUCACUUCGAAGGAACGUCAAAAGUGAAGAGCUCACGACUGGAUUAUCUAGCAUCCAAGUUUGAGAAUCUCAAAAUGGGAGAAAGUGAAUCAGUUGAAGAAUUCAGUUCACAGCUCAGUGGCAUAGCUCAUGAAUCCUUGGUAAUGGGAAAGAAAUACAAGGAUAAGAAGCUGGUCAAGAAGUUUCUAAGGUGUCUACCAUCUAAGUAUACCGCAUACAAGGCAGCUAUUUCAGUCUCACUGAACACAGAUGAGAUAAGCUUAGAUGAAGUAGUAGGGAUGCUGAGAGCACAUGAAAUGGAGAUUGACGGAGGAAAGAAAGGAAAGGGAGUUGCACUGGUAUCACAAGAUUCAGAUGACAAAGAAGAUGACGAUGAUCCAGUAAGUAUGCUUGUUAGGCGAUUUGACAGAGUCCUUCGUAUAGCCGAAUCAGGUCAGAGAAGAGGAAGUACAUCACAACGUGCUGCAGAAGGUGAGAAAUGAACAUCUGAGUCGGAAAAGAACGAUCAUAAAGCGGAGGUUCAGUGUCAUGAGUGUAAGGGGUAUGGACAUUACAAAACUGAUUGUCCAACUGUUCGAAGGAGAGAAAUCAAGUGCUACAAGUGCAAAGGAAUUGGACACACUCAACUGGAAUGCGUCAACGAUCAGAAGAGGAGACGUGAGAAAUCUAUGAUCGGAAUUGAUGAGAUAGACUCAGAAGAAGACAGUGAUGAAGAGGAGCUGGCUAACUUCGUAGCAUUCAUUGGCAUCACAGAAUUUGUGGAAGGAGAAACUGAUAUUGAUGAUGAUCAGUCAAGUGCAGAUGGUGAUGAUGGAAUUAGCUAUCAAGAACUGUGUCAGACGGUAGUUCAGAUUGGUAAGGAGAAUCUAUGCUUCAAAAAGGAGAAAAGCUGGCUGGAAGACGCGGUGAUAAACCUCAGGAAAGAACUUGAUGAUGAAAGAAAGAAGGAGGCAAAUACCUCAGAUCUGAAAAAGGAGAAUGUACGACUUGCUAUUCAUAUUGAAUUACUGGAGAAACAAGUGAAAAACGGGAAGGCUCGAUCAUCGGACUUAAAUGCCAAGCUGGAACAUCAUUACAAGACUGUCAGAAUGCUCACUGGGUCAAAGGAACUUGAUAAAAUCAUGAGUCUGGGAAGACAGGAUCAGACUUCUCGAGGUCUAGGAUACACUGGGUAUGGAAAAAGUGAUACAGAACCCAUCAAAUUUGUGCCAAGCUCAAACCUCACAGGGAGAACAACAACUUACUACCUCAAAAACUGGUGCUGGGAAAGUUAAGAAUCUCCAGAAGGUGGGACGAUCAGAGACUCAGAAGGAAAAAGGAUGUUGCUACUAUGGGAAACCGGGUCACAUCAAGAAGAAAUGCUAUCACUUUCGGGAAAAAGUAAAUCAGCUGCUGAGACAGGGAAAGUACUGGUGGAAUGGCUCUCGAAAUCAAGUCUGGAUCAGGAAAUCUGAUUUAGGACGUACAACAGUGAAACCAACUCAACGAUCUAUUCACGAAGGACCGAGAUGCAGCAUGGCACUUAUAUCAGAAGCAGUAGCAUUGAUAUCCAAAGAUAAAAAUCCAUGGUACUUCGACAGUGGUUGCUCUCGUCAUAUGACAGGAACACGCAAAAAUCUCAGAGAGAUAAAGCCAUUGAAAGGGGGUAGACUCACAUUUGGAGAUGGAAGCCAAGGGGCGAUCAAAGGCAAGGGAAAGACUGUUGAAACCAAACCACCUCUGAAGGAUGUGUUCUUAGUCAAGGGAUUAAAAUCAAACCUAACCAGCAUCAGUCAAUUGUGUGAUGAAGGGUUGAUAGUUCACUUCACAAAGAGAGAGUACAAAGUCGUGAAUGAGGAAAACAGAGUCAUGCUCCAUGGAGUAUGAUCUGCUAACAAUUGCUAUGUAUGGCAGAGUGUACAAUAGUGCUUUGUUGCACAUGAUGAAACAAAUCUGUGGCAUCAAAGACUUGGUCACAUGAACAUGAGUCAUAUGACCAACAUCAUCAGAAAAGGUGCAGUCAGAGGCAUUCCUCAACUAGAGGAAACAGAGAAGCCUGUAUGCGGACCGUGCAAUCAAGGAAAGCAUGUCAAAGUUCAACAUAAGAUGAUUCAAGAUAUUCAGUUAAACAAUAUGCUUGAAAUGGUACACAUGGAUCUCAUGGGUCCUAUGCAGA